UUAAUCUAUAUCAAUAGAUGAUUAUAAUUAACGCCUUAACCUGAAAAACAAUGCGGAUUUAGUAAAGUCGAGUACACAAUAUCUUACAAACAUUAAAUAUCAUAUAAACAUUAUCAGACUUCUGUUCAACUGAAACAAUCAUGUCUAUGUACGAAGUUGGAGCCGGAGAUCUUCAUCUGUCGCAGGAAGAGGUCGAAGACUUUCAGGAAGCGUUUGGUCUGUUCGACCGCGAGGGUCUUGGUAGUAUUACAGUAGAUGACUUGAAGGUUGUGUUACGUUCUCUAGGCAAAAAUCCAUCAGAUGAGGAACUUAGGGACAUGAUCCGUGAGGUAGAUGAUGACGAAAGUGGAACAAUAGAGUUUCCUGAGUUCUUGACAAUGAUGGUAAGAAAAGUAAAGGCACCAGAAACGCAGAAAGAACUUAUUGACGCAUUCAGAGUGUUUGACUAUGAUAAUAACGGAUUUGUGAGUACACUUCAGUUGCGACAUGUACUAACAAGUCUUGGGGAAAAACUGAACAUGAAAGAAAUCGAGGAAUUAAUCCGACAAGGGGAUAGACUCGGGCGAGGACAAAUCAAUUAUGUUGAAUUUGUCAAAAAGAUGUCAAGAUGAGGACUUUUUAGCCAAACUUCAAAAGAAUGGAAAUGGAAUGAAAGAAAACCAAACAUCAUGUUUUCAUUUAAUGAACGCUUAAAUUUAUACAAAGAAGUGCAUACAUGUUGUUCAUGACAAUGGAACAAUAAAUAAGUGUUGUGAACCAUGUGAUUUUCAACGAAUUUAUACAAAUACUUGUAUAUCUGUAAUAUGUAAAUUAAUGAUUAAAAGCAAUAUUUAAUUUGCAAGUUUC